AUGACUGCAAAGAUAGACCCUCGGCGGAGAGGAAGAAGGCGGAUUGUUGGCCCGAAUAGGGGUUGGCAGGGUUUUGCACUGAUCUUGGCACCUGUCUUGGUGGCCAACAGUGAUGCCAGACCUGUUCCAGAACCUUCAGGAUCAACUCGAGAAAGACGAGAUUAUGAAUCGGAUAAGGAGAAAAAGAUGAUCAAAAAGGCUAUACGAGCCGGCAUAGAACGUGAUCGAAUCAAUCAACAAGCACGAUCUGAGAGUAGUCAAGAUGCUCUCAAAGCAGGUUCAAGCUCUGGACCCGAACAAAGCUCAUCUAGAGAUAAGAUUGAAGAGCUGACAUCCAGCAGAGACAUCGAAGAACAUGUCAACGACGAAGACGAUUCCCAACUACGGAAAAUUCAAGAGGAAUGGUAUCAAGGACAUGUUCUGACUCCUGUAAAUGCUGAUUCUCAUUCUGGAUUCGGUGCUGUUGUUAGUGCAGAUGGCAAGGGUAAACAGAAGGCCACUGAAAGGAUAUCCAACAUCCCUUCUGCAAGUAGACAGAGAUACAACCACGCUAGAGGAGAAAUUCUGCGAUUCAAUUCACAAAGAAGUCCCUUUCAUUCUUCGCAAGUUGGUCCUCUAGCCUCAAAACAACCUGCUACAGUGUCUGUUGGGAUCUUUCAUGCCAAUUACCCAUUUGUACCUAGUGGACGAAGGAAAAUACGUCAAGCAGAUACGCAAGCGCGAAGCGGAGAAACAGGAAGUCAUAGCACUUCUGAUCUUCGUGCAGAGAAGGAGCCUUAUGAAGUGGUUUAUUCUGUGUCGGAGGAUGUCGCAAAUGGAAACGUUUUCAAGAAAGGAUGGACUAAGUGGAUGUUAGACGAUGAUCUUCGAUUGGCAGUUCCGGAUGAAUAUAGAAGACCAAGAAGAGAGUCUGCAGUGAUGAUUGCAAAGAAUUUGUUGGGAAAGAAGUGGUACAGAUGGCAGCCUGGACAAGGAUACGUUUUGAGCAGAUAUAAGGAUUACGGUGUCUACCAGAAAGGACCAGGAAUCGCUUUAGGGCAAUUGCUACCGCCACGUGAAAGGGUCUACACCAGUCCGUUACCAUUGAUCCCCAAUGACAGCAAAAGAGAUUUCAUUUGGCUGAUCGUGGUUUGGAUUGUAAUCUUGUCGAUGAUUGCACUUUUCCGAGAAGUAAGAAGUCAUAUCCAAAAGAUUCGUAGGGGCAGACAUGGACAAUUGGUUGAUGGUGCACCGCUUGUGCCUUCUAUUCGCAUAUUCGAUGAUGGAGCCAGUCCGAUUCGUACGAGCUCGAUGGAUCAAAUCAGCAUAGGCUUGCGUACUCGACAAAGAACACAAGCCCGUAACUUUCGCGACUUAUGCAAAUCCGCCUUUUUUCCCGAAAGUAUGGGAGUGAAUGGAAAGAAACGAUCUUCCUUUUCUUUGCCUGAUGGUAAUUCGUUAUCGAUGACUAAUUUGGGAUGGAGUAAAGAUACGGAAGGAAAGGUUGGUUUGCCGUUCGUAUCUCCAUCGGAAGAAGGUAGAGAACCGAUCGGAAGUGCGCUUGGAGGAGUUGCUAUUCGAAGAUCAAAAAGUUCCGGUCCUUCAGCGAUGUCCGGUGAUGCAUCGCAAGAAGAGAUAGACGAAAGGCGUAUAUUUGAUGAAAUCAAGAAUGCUGCUGCUUCGAAUUCAUCUGUCGCUUCAUCAUCCAAUCAUCAUCAUAGACAAACAAAUGAUCGAGAAGAUUUUAGUGCUGGCGGUGUUUAUUCUACAGGAUCCAAUUGUCAUUUGUAUAGCAACGGAAUGACGAGUACUUCUGAAGCGAUUUAUGGAGCGAAUGAAGGUGGAAAUGGACCGGGUUUUGCGCCGAUGAAGAUGCAUGCUACGAUUUCACAUUGA